UUGAGAAGAUUUAUAUGUGUGUGAGCAUGAUCAUGAACAUGAGCUUAAAGGGAACUUUUGAGAACGAUUUAGAAAAAUGGAAAAGAUAGAGUGUAUUGCUCCAGUACCAAACAUGGAUCAACCGAUUUCCAACCAAAUUGCAGAACCGCAGAACCUUAACUUGGACUCCUCGAGCCACACUGAGAUGUUGGACCGAGUUACAGCUGAUGAUGGUAGCCAAAUGGAGAUCGCUCCUAUGGAUGAUGAUCUGUACAAGGCGGUAUAUAAAGGCGACACUGAUACCCUCAAGACCAAGUACUCAGAUGCUCAACUUCAACCCCAACGAACCCCAAAAUAUAACACUGUCCUCCAUAUUGCAGCCCAAUAUGGUAAAGUGGACUGUGUUAGAUGGAUCCUUGAGUUGCCUUUAUGUUCGUCUCUGUUGCAGCUCCCAAAUCUGAGAGGCGACACUCCCCUUCACCUUGCAGCCAGGGAAGGUUAUAUUGAUGUUGUCGUAGCCCUUUUCGAUGCUGCAAAAGCAGAUUCUAAAGAGAUAGAGAGUGGGAUUGGAACAGAUGAAGCGAUGCUGAAAAAGACCAAUAUGGAGGAAGACACAGCAUUCCACGAGGCAGUGCGGUAUAAUCACCCUGAUAUAGUGGGGUUAUUGAUUCAGAAAGGCCCUGAGGUUACUUAUAGUGCUAAUAUUACCGGCCACACCCCUCUUUACAUGGCUGCUGAGAUGGGGUAUGGUGACUUGGUGAAAAAGAUCAUAGAUGAGUCUCACGCUUCACUAACUCACACUGGCAUCAUGGGCAGAACGGCUUUGCAUGCUGCUGUCAUUCGAAACAACAAAGAUAUGGUAGAGAAGAUAUUGAAAUGGAACCCAGAUCUAACGAAAGAUGUGGAUGAUGAUGGUUGGUCUCCACUCCAUUGCGCUGCAUACUUGGGCUAUACUGACAUUUUGAAGCAAUUACUUCACGCAAAAUCAGAUAAGUCUGUAAUCGACCUUCAAAUCAAUAAUGGCAAGAAAACAGCUCUUCAUAUUGCAGCUACCCGUGGGCAUUUGGACAUAGUAAAGGAGCUGUUGUUAACCUCUCCCGCUUGUUGCGAGCAGGUUGAUGAUACCGGAAAAAAUGUUUUUCAUUUUUCCAUGAUGAAGAUGGACGAUACUUAUCCUGGCAGUUUCUUAGAAAAUGACUGCUUAUCCCUUAGAGGACUUAUAAAUGAGAAAGAUUCUGAAGGAAACACGCCCCUCCACCUGCUUGCUACUUACCAACUCCCCGAUGGAAGUUUCAUAUCGAACAGCAAAGUAGACAGGAUGGCAUUUAACAAGGGAAACUUGACUGCCAAGGACAUACUUUCAUUGGCCAAGGACAUUGAUGGAGAAAAGGAGCCGGCCCUGAGAAAAUUCGAAAGUGCCAAAGCUAUUAAUGGACCACUGGCUUGGAAGAAUGUUACUAAGGGAGACAGUGACACAAGUCAAAACGAAGAUACUGAUGAUGAACAGGUAGCUGAGAUGAAGAGAAGAGGUGAAAUCCAUUUGAUAGUGGCUGCACUCAUAGCAACUGUAACCUUCGCUGCAGGUUUCACCUUGCCAGGCGGUUACAAUGACGAUAAGGGUGCAGGCGCAGGCCUGGCAAUUUUAAUAAGGAGAGCAUCUUUCAAAGUAUUUGUUGUGUCAGAUACUAUAGCAAUGGUGCUCUCCACAUCUGCUGUGUGCGUCUAUUUUUUUAUGCAAUUGCACCAAACAAAGGAGGCCCUUUACAAACACUUAUCCCGCGGCUUUUUUCUUACCAUGUUUGCCAUGGGAGCAAUGAUGGUUGCGUUCAUGACUGGCAUGUACGCUGUCCUACCAUAUCUCUCAUGGCUUGCAAUUGUCACCAUUCUCCUUAGCUGCUGUUUUUUCAUCUUCUUCUAUUAUGUGUUUAAAAAGCUUAUAACUAGCUAGUUGGAGGCCUUUGUGACUUCCAUUCCAACUGGCCAGUUUCAAAAGCUCCAUGGAGUAUCUUUUGUUCUUGUACUUAUGUAUAACUCCUCUUGUAAUACUUGGAAAAGCUGCCUUGUUAUGGUUGUAUUCUAGUAUUCUAUAUAUGACAAAGGAAACUCUGUAGUUUUUAUGAAGAAUUAAUUUAGAGUGAUGAUAAUUAUUUUGCAAUUAA